AUGAGUAGUAAUCUAUAUUCCCACAGGGAAGAGCAAAACAAUCAAAAAUUCGAACAACUAGCCAAUACUUUACAUCAAUUUAGAACCACAGUGAAUAAUGAUAUUCAUGAUUCAAUACAACAAGAACUGGGGCUCUUACAUCAGUUGAAUGACAAUUUUUCAAGUUUAAUGCAACUGGUUAAACAAACACUGGGAAAUUUGACUACUGUAAUGAAUCGAAAUGCUGGCUUAACGAGGAUUGUGGGGAUUAUAUUGUUGGGGUUUUUUGUUAUUUGGAUGCUAUUUAAAUUGUUUUAA